AUGAGGAGACAGAGGUGGAGUCUUCAUCGUCGGGGGAAGAUCAUGAGACAGAGGCGGACUCUUCAUCAUCGGGGUAAGAUCACAAGAGAAACGGGGAGUCAUCGAGGGAGAGAAAGAGAGAAGCGGAGUCGUCAAGAGAGAGAAUCAAGGAAGGCAGAGCCGCCGAGGAAGAGAAAGAGAGAAGCGGUUGGUCGAGGUUUCACCAACACGAGGCGGAGUCGUCGAGGGAGAGAAUCGAGGAAGACGGAGCAGCCGAGGAAGAGAAAGAGAGAAGCGAAUUCGUCGACUUUAACGGAGAACGACGCGGAGUCGUUGACGAUCCAAUCGACAAACGAGUCACCGAGGGAGAGAGAGAAUCAAGUGGAGUCGGCGAGGGAGAGAAUGAGGAAAUCGAGUCGUCAAGGGAGAGAAGGACGCGUCUAA